AAUAAUGUGCUACUCAUCAGACCAAUCUUGUGAUAAUUCAAAAAGUUAACAUAGCUUGACAGAAUUAUGACUUUGGGAUUCAUAGCUCAGCACUUUUUUGGGAGUUUUAAAGGCGUACACCGUCACAAGCACAUUUUGAUUUUGCAAGGAAGAGAAUGUUUUCACAAAUGGUGAUUUUGAGGGCACAAGCAUGGCUGUUUAUACUGAGUUUCAAAUUUAGCUCAUCCCAGUGCCCCAAAACACAAAGACUGCAACUGUAAACAUGCUGGCUAUUCAAAUUUCAAUCAUUUAAUAACUAUGUUUUUACGUUAACCCUAAUGUGUAUUUUAUUUCAUGUAAUGUGAAUAUAUGAUCUUAAUUGUAUUACUGUUACUUCUAAGUGAGACAUUGUCAAACAUACAGAGCGGGACAUUACAAAUUCUAACAGUCAGAAAAGCAAGGAGACCAUUGUGUCAUCCCUUCCUGUUUACAUUGUGAGAAUAGCAAGGAUUGGUUGUCAGAAAUUGAGUCACACCGUGUACAUCUCCACAGCAGCCAAUGAAAUAAAUAAUACUCAUUACAUCCCUCCCCCUGUUACAUAACUGUAAUCGCUCAUGGCUCACUGCACAACUGGAACACGCACAGGAGGGGAGAUGGAGAAAGAAAGAAAAAAAAUUGUUAAUGUGAGAAUGGCAUGACGCAGGAACAUGGGCGAGAUUUCAAUUUAAAAAGAGAUGAAUAUAGUAGAACGCAUAAUACUAAAAAAAUAGAUGGCAAGAUUAAUAGAGUUGGGUUUAAAAUGAGUGGUUAUUAAAUGUACACAAAAGCCUCUCAUCUACAGUACUUUUAUACUAGUAAUAUUUGAACCGAUUGAGGGUUUGUUUUUUUUUUUUGCUUUGUUUUUUUUACCCAGACCUUUUUAAAUUUCUCACAUACUGCUGUGAAUGUUUUUUGUUGUUGUUGUUGUUUUUGCUUUUAAUCCUGGAUAGUUGAGGCUGCCAUUCUUGUCUACACAUGAUCCUACUUACCAAAUUGCUGCAGCUGUCUUUCUCUGAUUUACACGAUGUCUGUGUUACUGAUUUGUUACUCUCUGACCAGGUAUCUCUUCUCUCUUCCUUUUUGCUGGUCACAGAGACGUAGCCCGGGGUUGAAAAGUAACACCUCCGGUGAAGAAAUUGUCAGACCAAGACGUGUUGUUUCCACUGUGACCCCCACACUUGGUGUUGCUCCAAAAGCCCCCAGCAGCCAGCAGACACCAGCCUCUGAAGAAACUGCUAAUUUAUUUGGGCCCCCAUUGGAAACUGCAUUUGGUGAACAAAAAACGGAAGUGGUUCUGUCUGAGUCUGAUGUGUGGGGGGCUUCUGUGUCAGAGACUGACUCCUCUGUGACAAGAGCUUUCCCCACAGGAACUCCACCACCACUUCCACCGAAGAAUGUCCCAACAUCUCCUCUGACAACUGACACUGCCUCUCCAAAUGACACCGAAGCUGAGAAUUCCACAAGAAAGACAUCUAUACCUGACUUAGAUAACCUGUUUGGUCCAGAGCAGGUUCCUUCUGCAAAUGAGGAUGCAGGUGAUACCUGGGUGUGCUUUAGUGAGCAGUCUCCUGACCGCCCACCUCUACCAAAGGAGCCAGCACCUCCAGUUUCCUUAUCCCCACCUCUUCCAGAGGAAGCAGCACCUCCAUCGCAAGCCUCCCCACCUAUUCCUGACUCUCCUGCCACAACUUUACCUGUAUCACCUCCUCCCCCAGAAGACACAGCAGCUCAUCUCUCCGAACCUGCUUCUCCAAAAGAAGUUCCGGUUUCCCCUCUCGCAAUUUCCUCUCCACCCUCAGAGGAACCUGCUGCACCUUCUUUUUCUUCUGGGCCUUCUACACCUAAGGACCAAAAGCUGGUCUCGCCUACCACUUCGUCACUCCCUUCACCUAAAGAACUUUCAUCUCCUCUAACUUCAACACAUCCACCUGUUGAUUCGCCAACCAGCAUCCCAACAGUUCCCAAAACAAAUACGCCUCCGUCAGGGACUUCACUUGAAAAGGAAUUAGCAACAUGCUCCAUUCCACCAGUCCAGACAAGGAAUACAGAUGAAAAAAGACACAAAAAGGAUGAAGGUGAAAUUGCCACUUCACCCAAAGAUGCAAGCCAGGGUACCAGAACUACGCCUCCAACACCCCCUCCUCCAACGUACCGAGCAGUGGUCUCAUCACCUGGUCCAACUUCAGUAGGUGGUACGAAAAGCGGUUCGUCAUCUCCAGUGCGGCCUGCAACGCCUACAACAGUCAACCCUACUCCACCUCCUCCUCCACCCCGGCCCCCAUCACGACCCAAACUUCCUCCUGGAAAGCCAAGUGUAGGAGAUUCCAAUCGUCCAUUUAGUCCACCCAUUCAUGCGGCCAGCCCCCCUCCUAUUGCACCUUUGGCCCGGGCAGAGAGCACCUCUUCCAUCUCCUCUACAAACUCCCUGAGUGCUGCUACCACUCCCACCGUCAGUAAGGACCUCUCUGUAUCAGAAGACGAUGCUUAUGUAGACAAGCUGCCUUCAUUUGGGAGACAUUUUGAUUCAUUUGCAGGCUGCUCCAGAGGGCCGAGUCCUCUCACCAUGGGUGCUCAGGACACGCUCCCCGUGGCUGCUGCGUUCACAGAGACAGUCAAUGCCUUUUUUAAAGGGGCUGACCCUGGCAAGUGUGUUGUGAAGAUUAUAGGUGAGAUGGUUUUGUCGUUUCCAGCGGGAAUCACACGGCACUUUGCCAAUAACCCGUCCCCCGCCGUGCUAACCUUCAGCAUAACCAACUACAAUCGACUGGAGCAUGUGCUGCCUAACCCCCAGCUACUUUGCUGCGACACCGUCACACAAGCCAAGGCUGAUGCCAAGGACUUCUGGGUGAACAUGCCAAACCUGAUUGCUCAUCUAAAGAAGGUAUCUGAGCAGAAGCCACAGGCAACAUACUAUAAUGUGGAUAUGCUGAAGUAUCAGGUAUCAGUACAGGGUCCUGUGUCAACUCCCAUUAAUCUGGCCGUGAACUGGCGGUGUGAACCCACCAGUACAGACCUGAGGAUAGACUACAAAUAUAACGGCGAGGCCAUGUCAACGCCGAUGGCGCUUAACAAUGUACAGUUUCUUGUCCCGGUUGAUGGAGGCGUUUCCAAACUGCAAGCUGUAUUACCUCCAGCUGCAUGGAACGCAGAGCAGCAAAGAAUCCUGUGGAAGAUUCCAGAUAUCUCCCAAAAAUCAGAAAAUGGAGGUGUGGGAUCUUUGUUAGCCCGCUUCCAGCUAACGGAAGGCCCGAGUAAACCAGCUCCACUGGCUGUACAGUUCACGAGUGAGGGCAGCACAUUGUCAGGCUGUGAUAUUGAACUGGCUGGGCCUGGGUAUCGUUUCUCACUUGUCAAGAAGAGGUUUGCGGCUGGAAAGUACCUGGCGGACAACUAACUCCAUAACAACACUGCUGAACAAAUGAACUUCAGGGGAAACAGAAUAACACAGAGGACAGACAAACAUUCAUUCUUCACCUUUUCAGACAGAGAGCCCAGGACUACAGCCUACCCAGCAGUAUUGUAAAACUUUCAUAUAGCAUUGUGAAACCAUUUUCUGAUCAUGUUAAUUGGUGUUACUAUUUAUUUAUUAGAUUAUAUUCAAUUUGCUGGCAUUAUGCUGCUGGACUCUUUGCCCCGCCCCCACCAAAGUCUGUGCCUCUUCUUUGUACAUAGCUGCCUCACCAGCCAGGUUCUACUCUAGAUAACCUGAUAGUAAAAAAUUCUCAACUGAAGCAUUAUCUGAAAUGGGAACACUUCAUACUGAGGCAAAGACAACACUCAUUCAUUAGCACAAAAUAAUGUUAUCAGUCCACUUCCCGGUAUUGGAACUCUAUUGUCAUUGUCUUACGGUGUCAGAUAUUUCCAUUGUCAAAUAUUGUUUGAUACACGCCCGAACACCAAUAAUGUCGUGUUCAUGCUUGUCUUGACAGCACAAAUAGUCAAGAAAAUUUGACCAAUAUUCUGGAUGCAUCUACUGUUUCGUUAGGGUCCUUGUACUCACAUUAUUGUUUUCCUUUGCAAACAAAAUGCACUGAGCAGUUUGUCCCACUGCUCUCCUAAUCUUUGCAAUCAUGGAGAUGUAUCUGGCAGGCAGUUACAAUGAUAAACUAAUGUACCCAUGAUGACAUUGAAAAAAAAGUGUUUUCCUUUAAGAACUUGUACAUAGUGUCAUUUAAAAUCAAUAAUAUAUAUCUUUAAGGGCAUUUGGUGUUUUCCUUGUAUUGUCACAUAGCCUUUCUGUUGUCCCAAAGGCAACAGUGGUAACUGCAAAUUACAUGAAAGCAUCCUUUUGUUUUUCAUAAAUGGUAUGAUUUGUUGUACAAAAUGUGAUUCUGUAUAUGAUUAGAUUUUGAACGGUGUCACGACCAUAACCCUAAAAGGUAUAAAUAUUUCAACUCUUAUCUGUGUAGUUGAGUAACGUGUACAGUAUAACGUAUAAUUUUUUAAUUUGUUUCAGAUAUAAUUUUUUAAUUGAAGUGCAACAGAGGUUUUGAGCUAUAUAUGUGUAUAUAUAUAUAUGGGUGGGUAGGGUAAGGUAUCUUGAAAUGAUAAAUCUCCUUGAGGAUGCUGUUUUUUGCUUUGUGAAAGCAGUGUUAAUGUAGACUUAAGUUAAUCAUGGGAAAGGUUCACAUUGAAAUGCAAAUUCACGUUCAUGCUGAAGUUUAGAUGAGGAUCAUGGAUCCAUGGCAUCCAUCACUGGUAAUCAUUAAUACACCCUAAUAAAUUCUUACAGUUUAACAUCGCCAGCUCUAUGUUAAGACGAGGAAGAUAGCAUACUCAAAAAAGGGUAUCUCUGUGCUGAUCUUUGAAAAAUAAAGGGAAGUGAAUUUGCAUUAUCACUUUUCCUGGUCUCAACUAUUGUUACCACUACACUUCGCUACCUUACUUUUCUCUCCAGAUUUGACUUCCUGAUUUGCAUUUCAAUUACCAGCUUGUUCCUCCAUAACCCGCUUGAAUCCAUAGCUUUAUUUUACAUAAUUGUAAUGGUCUCUGUGAGAUGACAUGAUGAGGUUGUAGAAGGAGGUUAAGUUGACCAAAAUGCUUUGUGUGUGUGCGUGUACUCAGUCCGUCAACUCUCUGUAAAUGAGAAUAAGGGGAAUAUUUUUAAUGCUUAUAAUAAUUUAAAACAAAAAAAACAGAAAAAUAUUUUAUUGUUUAUUGUGGGGGAGGGAGGGGAACACUGUGCCGAUAUUGUCUAUCUUCCUGAAUGGUCUUUGAUGAGCCUUCUGAAGACGGAAGUGUGUAUGUGAAGUGUUGCCCAAAUCCACGCUAUUGUCUUGUAAGUCAAUGUUGUGCUAAAUACACCCAAACAUGGUCGAGUAAGGUCUGUUGUAGAAACAUCUUAAACUGGGUUUAGAGCAACAAAGCAAUUAUUCUGACAUCAAUGUUCCCAAAAAGUUUGUUAUUUUAAUAAUCUUGCCAGUCAGAAAGUAAUAUUUUGGUAAAUAUCAAAGCAAUUGCCUAACAGACUCUUCAGAAUUAUUUCCAACUGCCCCGAAUGUAUUGUUUAAUUAUGCAUUGGUUUCAAAUUAAAACAGGUUGCCAAUCAUUUAUCACUCAUCUCAGUCUUUUUAGGUAAAAAUAGACAAUCGUUUCCAGACUCUGUAAUGAAUAUGUCCUUCAGUAAUUCAACAUUGCUUGUAGAGCAUGCAGAAAAACCAGGGCAACCUUUACUUCCAGGUAAUUCUAAAAUGAUGUUUUGUGCUGUGUACUCACUCAUUUACUGUCAACAAGAACUGUUGUUGUUUUUUCCUGCGUGCUGUGAGUAAGAAUGCUUUUAACAUCAAACAUGUGCAAGCUCAAUGCUAAACUGGAAACUUUGUUUGCUUCCUUCCAAAUUCAAUAAAAGUUCUAACUCCAUA